AGAAAGUGAAGCCUGUUGCAUUCUGAAGGCCAUGGUUUCUGUUGUGACUGAUGCCUCCUUACACAGUCACUCUUGAUUUUAAUCGUAUUUAAGACAAAGCCAAGGUGGUGGGCCACAAAGGCUGUUUUGCUGCACCUGCUCUUCUUAAAUGCAAAUUACAGCACUUUGUUCUUGCCUGAUGCAUAGUAAUUUUAGGAGCAUGUGGUGGUGUUUAGCUUGGAGAGUUAACUGGGAAGACUUGCUUAAGAACAGACUUCAGGGCUGGGUCCUGCAGGUGGGUGAAAGCAGGCUGCUGGUGUCACAGGUGAGGGGCUGGAAUGGGCCGGUUGCCUGGGAGGGAUUGUGACCUCUCCUGCCCACGCUGUGAUGCUGCGGGGCCCCUGCCAGCGAGGUGCAGAUCAGCAGCCACCUUGCACCAGGCUGCUUAGACAACAUCAGUAACCAAAGCUGCUGCUACCAGUCAAGAAAGGAAGCACACAGAAGAAACCAUGCGUGAGUGCAUCUCUGUUCACAUUGGCCAAGCUGGAGUUCAAAUUGGCAACGCGUGUUGGGAACUCUUCUGUCUGGAGCACGGUAUUCAGCCAAACGGCACUUUCACUGACCAACCCAACAAUGAUGACUCUUUUGCCACAUUCUUCAGAGAGACAAGUGCUAGAAAAUACGUGCCCCGGGCUAUUAUGGUGGACUUGGAGCAAACCGUAAUAGAUGAAGUGCGGACUGGCACCUACCGGCAGCUUUUCCAUCCAGAACAGCUGAUCAGUGGAAAGGAAGAUGCAGCAAAUAAUUAUGCACGUGGCCACUACACCAUCGGCAAAGACAAAAUUGACAAGACAUUAGAUCGUAUCCGCAAGAUGGCUGAUGCCUGUUCUGGGCUGCAAGGAUUCCUGAUCUUCCACAGCUUUGGUGGGGGUACUGGCUCUGGCUUUACCUCCUUGCUGAUGGAACGCCUCUCCAUGGAUUAUGGAAAGAAGUCCAAACUGGAGUUUGCCAUCUACCCAGCUCCUCAGGUCUCCACCGCUGUGGUGGAGCCCUACAAUUCUAUCCUGAACACACACACCACCUUGGAGCAUUCAGACUGCGCAUUCAUGGUGGAUAAUGAGGCCAUCUACGAUAUCUGCUGUCAAAACCUGGACAUCGAGCGUCCCACUUACACUAACCUCAACCGCCUGAUCAGCCAGAUUGUCUCCUCCAUCACCGCCUCACUGCGCUUUGAUGGUGCCCUCAAUGUGGAUCUGCCAGAGUUCCAGACAAACCUGGUGCCCUACCCACGCAUCCACUUCCCCUUAGUGACCUACGCCCCCAUCAUCUCCUCUGACAGAGCAUUUCAUGAGCAGCUCUCGGUGGCUGAAAUCACCAGUGCCUGCUUUGAGCCCAACAACCAGAUGGUGAAGUGUGACCCAAGACAAGGGAAGUACAUGGCCUGUUGCUUGCUCUACCGUGGUGACGUAGUCCCCAAAGACAUCAACAUAGCAAUUACUGCCAUCAAGACCAACAGAUCUGUCCAGUUUGUUGACUGGUGUCCAACAGGCUUCAAGGUUGGGAUCAACUAUCAGCCUCCUACAGUUUCACCAGGAGGAGAUCUAGCCCAAGUUCAGCGAGCAGUCUGCAUGCUGAGCAACACCACGGCCAUUGCAGAGGCCUGGGCAAGGCUGGACCACAAGUUUGAUCAGCUGUACGCCAAGAGAGCUUUUGUGCACUGGUAUGUGGGUGAAGGCAUGGAGGAAGAAGAAUUCUCAGAGGCCCGAGAAGACCUGUCUGCCCUGGAGAAAGACUAUGAAGAAGUGGGAACUGACUCAUAUGAAGAAAAUGAUGGAGAGGAAUCUUAAAAUUCACUCUGGCCUUUCCAGUGCAUAAGAUUGCAUCUAUGUCUCUUUUGUGGGGUGGGGGGGGGCUGCAUUUCUGCUUGGUGCUCACACACCUAAUCCAUUGCUAUCUUAGUAGACUGUAAACAGGAUGAGUUAUCCACUAUGAGGUCACAAGGCAGUCAGUAAACGUAGGAUAUAUGACCAGCUAAUCAUUAGUCACUUUGCCUCAGAGGGUAACAGGCUUCAUAUUGUAUGAGUUUCAUACCGUAUGAGGUUCAACAAGGCCAGGUGCUGGGUCCUGCACUUGGGUCACAACAACCCCAGGCAGCGCUACACGUUCGAGGAAGAGUGACUGGAGACCUGCCUGGUGGAAAAGGACCUGGGGGUGUUGAUUGACAGCCGGCUGAAUAUGAGCCAGCAGUGCGCCCUGGUGGCCAAAAAGGCCAACAGCAUCCUGGCUUGUAUCAGGAAUAGUGUGUCCAGCAGGACUAGAGAAGUGCUUGUGCCACUGUACUCGGUGCUGGUGAGGCCCCACCUUGAAUCCCGUGUUCAGUUUUGGGCCCCUCAUCAUAAGAAGGACAUUGAGUUGCUGGAGAGAAUUCAGAGGAGGGCGACAAAGCUGGUGAGGGGUCUGGAGCACAAGUCUGAUGAGCAGCAGCUGAGGGAGCUGGGGCUGUUUAGCCUGGAGAAAAGGAGGCUGAGGGGAGACCCUAUCGCUGUCUGCAACUACCUGAAAGGAGGUUGUAGCAUGGAAGGGGUCCAUCUCCUCUCCUGAGUAGCAAGUGAUAGGACAAGAGGAAAUGGCCUCAAGUUGUGCCAGAGGAGGUUUAGAUUGGAUGUUAGGAAAAAAAAUUUCAUGGAAAGGGUUGUCAGGCAUUGGAACAAGCUGCCCAGGGAAGUGGAGUCACCAUCCCUGGAGGUGUUUAAAAGGCAUUUAGAUGAGGUUCUUAGGGACAUGGUUUGGGCUAGAGUUAGGUUAUAGUUGGACUUUGUGAUCCUGAGGGUCUCUUCCAACCAAAACGAUUCCAUGAUUCUAUACAGGACAGAAGUAUUACCAGCUCCAUCAGACUUACUGAGAUCACAAUAAAUCAAAACCAUGAAAAAAAUGUGUGUGAUAGUUGUAAGUGGGAUGUCUAAGAACACCAGCUACGAUUUUACAGCUUAAGUCUUUGUAAGGUAUAUUUUUGUAUAUUUCCAUUGGUUUAGGAUUGUAGAACAAUAUAUUGUUAAGGCAGGCAGGCAGGCAGGCAGGCAGGUGGCCAAGCAUGGCCUAAGGUUAAACUAAUGGAAUAACAAGAGAAACUGUUGGAUGUUGCUGACGACGGAACAGGAAAAGUGUCUGUUCAGCCCUAACCUGUGUCUGAACUAAGGAGGUAGCAGCAAAAGAAGGGAGGUUUUAGGGACCCCCCCCUCGAGUGUUAGAUAUCCACAAAAAGUGGGUGUUGGCUUACUGGGAGGACUAACUAAUGCUGAAAUUACCAAAUAAAGGUGAAAAAUUAGCAGAA